ACGCGGAGGAAGGGGAGGCUAGCUAGCUGGCUGUCGGAGAGAGAUCUCUCUCCAGAUCCCUCUGGCACGUGACUCCCCACCUCACCUCUCUCUCUUUCCACACACACACGCUCACUCUCUCUCUAAACUCUUAAUUCUCUCCCAAACCCAAAGCAAAGCCAUCGCUUUCUUCUUCCAUCAAAUCCUAAACCCAAAACAAUCAAAUCUCUCUCUCUCUCUCUCUCUCUCUCUCUCUCUCUCUCUCUCCUAGUUCCUCGUUUCCAUCAUCACGCUUAGUUUUGUCUUUUUCUCUCCGUUCAUAUUGGCGUGUGUUAUGUGUGUGUAUGUAAUGGCUCCAGCGAGGUUGAUGCGAUGAUGCGGAGAGAUUGAGGUUCAAAUGCUAUAUAAGACGAGAAGCAUUUUUUUUCGCUUAACUGCUUGGAUCUUGUGAAGCUGUAGCUAUAGCAUUAUCAGUUUAAGCAUCCUUCACUCUCUCUCUCUCUCUCUCUCUCUCACUUUGCAUUGGACCUUCGAUCAUCGAUGCUUUCUUUGGUUAUGUAGCCUCUGGCUUGAAACAGUUGGAGCUACUAAAGUAUGCGUUUCAAUAAUUUGUGGGUUUAGAACCACCUUUAGCUUUGAUACAUCUCUUAUGGAUUAAGAAGUGCAGCGAAAUGGUUUUACAUUCCAAAUGUAUAAGAACAUGGAGGAGACACGAGAAGAUGCAGGGCCCACAGAGCAAAGGCCAUCCAAUGUGUGGUGGCCUUCAGAUUUCAUUGAAAACUUUGGAUCUGUUUCUUUGGGUUCUCAAGAUGAGAUCUUGAAUAAUAAAGAUUCACCUGGACAUUCGAACCAAGAUGUUAUGACACCUCAGAAGGCGUCACAAAUUCUCUGGCGCACUGGAAUGCUUUCAGAACCGAUACCAAAUGGUUUUUAUUCAGUCAUUCCGGAGAAAAGACUCAAGAAAUAUUUUGAUGGUAUUCCUACUUUGGAGGAGCUUCAUGCUUUGGGUGGAGAGGGUUUUAGGGCUGAUAUCAUUGUUGUGGAUGCAGAAAAAGAUAGAAAGUUAUCUAUGUUGAAGCAACUAAUUGUGGCAUUGGUUAAAGGAUUGAACUCAAACCCAGCUGCAAUGAUUAAGAAGAUAGCUGGAUUAGUUUCUGAUUUCUAUAAACGACCACAUGUAGAAAGUCCAGCAAAAACUGCACUAGAGGAAUCCUCUCACAUGUUUGAGAAUCGUGGUGUCCAGAUGCUGGGGCAAAUAAGGCAUGGUUCAUGCCGUCCUCGAGCCAUCUUAUUUAAAGUAUUAGCAGAUACUGUAGGUCUUGAAAGCGGGCUUAUGAUGGGUUUUCCAAAUGAUGGGGCUGCUGAAUGUGUAGACUCAUACAAGCAUAUGUCUGUGAUAGUUGUGUUAAAUUCUGUGGAAUUGCUGGUUGAUCUUAUGCGUUUUCCUGGCCAACUGUUGCCCCGAUCAACCAAGUCAAUUCUUAUGACCCACAUUUCUGCAGCAGGAGAGAGUGAUUCAGCAGAAAAUGAUUCUUGUGAUUCACCACUAGAGCCAAACAGUCCCUUAUAUGGGGUUUCAGAGAGGUUAGAUCCUGAGAGUGUCGAAAAGGAGGAAAACCUCCAAUUCCAUAGAAGAUUUGAAGCAUCUUCAAAUGUAUCAGGCCUUCCUUUGAGAAAUAUGAUGUUACGAUCAAAUACCAGUCUGGACGGGAAAUUGAGUUUGUCUCAUAGUGAACCCAACAUUGCAACUGCAUUUGGUCGCCGUAGUCGGAGAAAGGCCAUUGCUGAACAGAGGACUGCUAGUUCAAGUCCAGAACAUCCAUCAUUUCGAGCACGUGGACAAUCCAAGCUUAGUGGUGAUAGGGCAGCAUUUAGAGAUUUUUCUGAUGACCAGGCUACAUCAAGAUCCAGCUAUAAGUCAGAUGGUGCAUCCUCAUCACAAGCUCGUAGGAUACGAAGAAGAAGCAUCAGCAUUACACCAGAGAUUGGUGAUGAUAUCGCAAGGGCUGUACGGGCAAUGAAUGAAACACUAAAGCAAAACCGUCUUAUGAGAGAACAAGGGGAUGAUAGUUCGUUGUCCCAUUCUGCAAAUGAUAGUACUAGCAGUGCAGAUCUUCAGAAAAAUGUGUCAAAUUUCCAUCUUGAUUAUCGCGAAAGUUCCCCCUUAUAUUCUCUUCACCGAGACCGUGUAACUUCGCAGAAGGCAAUGUCGCUACCCACUUCACCACAUGAUCAUAGAGGAGAAGCUUCUGAGAGAAGCACGCCAUCAGGAUAUGGAAUGAAUGACCAACUGGAGUCGACUUGGAAUAAAGUCCUUGGAUCACCAAUGUUCAAUAAUAAACCUCUGUUACCAUAUGAAGAAUGGAAUAUUGACUUCUCAGAAUUGACUGUUGGAACUCGUGUUGGGAUUGGGUUCUUUGGAGAAGUCUUCCGUGGCUUAUGGAAUGGUACAGAUGUUGCAGUCAAGGUUUUCCUUGAGCAGGAUUUAACUGCUGAAAACAUGGAAGAUUUCUGCAAUGAGAUAUCCAUUCUCAGCCGGCUCCGACAUCCUAAUGUGAUCUUAUUUCUUGGUGCAUGCACAAAGCCUCCACGUUUGUCAAUGAUUACUGAAUAUAUGGAGAUGGGAUCUUUGUUUUACUUGAUUCAUGUGAGCGGUCAAAAGAAGAAGCUUAGCUGGCGGAGGAGAUUAAGGAUGUUGCGUGACAUAUGCAGGGGCUUGAUGCACAUGCAUCGUAUGAAGAUUAUUCACCGUGACGUGAAAAGUGCAAAUUGUCUAGUGGAUAAGCAUUGGACAGUGAAAAUCUGUGAUUUUGGACUUUCGAGAAUAAUAACAGAUUCUCCCAUGAAAGAUUCUUCCUCAGCUGGAACCCCAGAAUGGAUGGCACCUGAACUUAUUCGAAAUGAACCAUUCAAUGAAAAGUGUGAUAUCUUUAGCCUGGGAGUUAUAAUGUGGGAGCUCUGCACCUUGAAUAGGCCAUGGGAAGGCGUACCUCCAGAGAGGGUGGUUUAUGCUGUCGCUAAUGAGGGAUCCAGAUUGGAUAUUCCUGAAGGCCCGCUGGGCAGGCUGAUUUCAGAGUGUUGGGCAGAACCACAUGAGCGGCCAAGUUGUGAGGAGAUCCUGUCUCGCUUGGUGGACAUCGAGUACUCAAUGAGCUGAGCUGAUGCAAUGUUCAUCUUUGUACAUAGUGAACUUUGAGUAUAGUUAUUUCACUGUGUUCUCGGCUGAUGUAAACUGAAUGAAUUUUGUUCUUUUUUCUCAAAACAUGUUGAAACGUGCUUCCGUGCAUUCCCCGUCUUACAAUAGUCUU